AUGGGUCCUCCUAGAACGCGCAUCGUUGAAGAUGCACUUCGGGCAUUCAAACAGAAUUCAGGCCGUGACUUGAUACAUGCAGACAACCUAAUGAUGCAAGAUUCACGGUCUGCCAUCCGCUCCAAUCUGUCCUUGGAGCAGCCUCCAAAGCCGACGUCCUUCAACGAUCUUCUCCUCGAGCUUUUCACCACCUAUUCCACCGCUUCCUACACCACAGUCGCUGCUCUUCUAUUAUCGCUCAUCUACCUGGUCUACCGCUAUCUUAUGGGCGACCGUGGCUUCCUCUAUGGCCACGGCCAGGGUCGCGCCUCGCCUUACCAUAGCGGCCUUGGUGACGUUCGAAACAUGUCGAAUUUGUCCAACCACUUUGAGUAUUUAAGCCACGAUGAUUAUGAGCCACGUUCCGCCACCAGAGCCUCCUUCUCCACUCCCGCCUAUGACGAAGUCAACGACAAUGAUCCGAAUGCCCCAGAUCGCAUUCACUGCCGAUACAUGCACAACAGCUUCUCCGUAGACUUCCCCGCGUACUCGGUCAAUGAAGAGAAGACAACAGUCGAAGAUCUCCGGCGAAAGAUCGCAAGCAGGCUCAAUCAGGCUGACUCACGGCUGAACGUCGACCCGAGACAGGUGCGACUCAUAUACAAAGGUGGAGAUCUCAGAAGGAAUUCGUACUCUCUCAAGCGAUAUGGGAUGAAGCAGAACAGCGAAGUCUCUGUAAUUGUGACCGAGCGUCCAAGAAAUUACAAUCACCACAACGACUCCAACUCAGACAGUGGUUCCGACCGGGACUCAAGGAACAGGGUUGAUCCAAAUCCCCAACGCCUGCAGCGGCCACGGGCUCACUCAUCUGUUCGCUUCCGCAGUGAUGAGAACAUUCCUGUCAUGGAGUCUCGGACUGCCGGCGGCUCCCAUCUCAGCCCCAACGGCUACGUGCCCACCGCGACACACCGCAAUUCUCUGCGUCCAGAUCAGGCAUAUGCUGGAAGAGGACGUGACAACGAUGACGGAUACGGUAGAGGCCGCGAAAGAGAGCCGUCCAGGGAUGCUACACGACGACAGCGCGAGCCCUCACCAGCUGCGCGCCGUCAGCCAUCGCCGGCCCCUGCGACACGACGUGCGCACUCUCCUGCCCCUCCUCCACAAAGACGCGGCGCAUCUCCGGCGCCUCCACAGCAGAGACAAUCGCCUCCCGUUCCAAGCGCAGAUCCGAACACACCACUAGGAAAAGUCCAAGCAUUAGCGAGUGUCUUCCGGACACAGUUCCUACCGUCUGCGACCAAAUUCCUGGUAUCAGCGCCCUCUGAUCCAGCGGCGCGCGAGAAGGAAUACUUGAGACUGAGCGAGUCGAUCAUGGCCAAGGUCGUGCUGGCUGCAGACAACAUCGAGACCGGCAGCGACGCUAUGGCUCGAAGCGAACGAAAGGCUAUGAUUACGGAGGCCAACAAUAUACUGAGGGCGCUGGAUGGCGUACGAAAGCCUUGA